AUGUCCAGCACCAAGCGGCUGCAGGCGUACUCACCGGCAAGCGGAGCACGGCUGCUGUCUGGCGCAGAGGAUGCACACUCUGUUACUGAACUCAUCGGCAGGAAGCUCGACUUUCCCGCCGCUCCGGUAACCAAGACACACGCGUCGCUGGCCGCACCCGCUGCCGUGACCGCCACGCCCGAUGCCGUGACCGCCACGCCCGACGCACCCGCUGCGCCCGAUGCGUCGGCGCAGACUGCCAGUCCCGCCAAGGCCACGACGCCGCGGAGCAAGACAAAGAAGCAGAAGAAGAGGAGCAGCAAGGCGGGGAGCAAGGCAAAGUCCCGGUCAUCGACCGUCGAGCUGCCGGCAGGCGAGGAGGCACCCGAGGGCUGGGCAUCGUGGUCCGACGCCAAGCGCAAGUCGUGGCUCCUCCGCGACGUCAACCCCAACGCGUUCUACUACCGCCACACUCCGCCUGGUGAGACCCAGCUGAACGGCAAGUGGUCCGACGAGGAGCAGGCUGUCUUCAUGGCCGCUCUCGAGUGCCAUCCGCCCAAUGGCCACUGGGGCCUCUUCGCCAUGCACAUCCCGGGCCGCGUCGGCUACCAGUGCCGCAACUUUUAUCACUAUUUGCUCUCCACUGGUGUCCUCUCCGACCCGGACUACACCGAUGCCAACGGCAACUACACCGCAAAGAAGGUGCGCGGCCCGCGCUCCGCCGCAAAGAAGCCGCGCAAGCCACGCAAGACCAAGGUCAUCCGCCCGCCGCCCGUCGUGGCCGCAAAGCCCGGCACCCCAGCCUCGGUCGCCGCCGCAAACAGAACCGCCGCCGCAAAGGCCGCCGCUGCCGCAAAGGCCGCCGCCCGCCGCGCGCAGCGCAAGGCCGCAAAGGAGCGCAAGGCUGCCGCUGCUGCUGCUGCCGCUGCCGCCGCCACAGAGUCCGCCACAGAGUCCGCCGCAGAGCCCGCGCCGCCUACCCAGCCCACGUCCAUGGACGAGGAACUCGAUCUGGUGCCGGCCCCGGUCGCAGAGGCAGUCCCAGUCAUCACCCUCAAGCGCAAGCGCGCCUCGCCCACCGUUGCCGCCCUCCACAGCCGCAUGAUCGAAGGCGACGGCAUCGCUGCCGAGGCCGAGAUCCUUGGCCAGGGCCGCCUCAAGCGCGGCAAGCCGCUGCCCUCGCUUGUUCCGGACCUUCCGCCGCUCCCGUCGCCGUCCGAGCUCCCGCCGCUUCCGGUCCUGCCCUCGCUCCCGGUCCUCCCGCCGCCUCAGCUUGGCCUCGAGCUCGAGCAGGCCGCCGAGCACUGCGUCGUCGAGAACAGCGCCACCAUCCGCUUCGAUCGCGCCACUGCCCACGAGCUCGCCCACCUCCUCGCCCGUCACCAGGACCAGCGCCUCGAGCUCAUGCGCGCCAUCACUGCAGAGCAGAACAAGUUUAUCACCUUUUUCACUGCAGAGCUCGCCCGCGCCGCCGCAGCCGCCCCGGCCUCGGACGCCCGUAUCCGCGUCCUUCGUGCCUCGCUCCGUGCAAAGUUUGACUCGAUGGCCGAAGACAUGCUCUCCAAGCAGCGCCAGGAGGCUCAGAUGCUGGCCUGCUGGCAGCUGUGGGAGGCAAAGCAUGCCCUCGGCAUCUCCACCGCUUCUCCGCUCGACGCCCGCAACCCCUCCGCUGGCCUCGCCACUCUCUCCGUCUGCUUCCCCUUCCAUCUCGUUGUCGUCGCCGACCACUAGCCCUUAUCGGUGCGGUCGUGGAGGCGCGUUGUCUCGCGCGCCAAGUGAACAACACAGUACAUAAC